AUGCUUGAAGGUAAAUUCGAAGAAGCUUCUCUCUUGAAAAAGGUUAUUGAUUCUAUCAAAGACUGUGUUGCCCUUUGUAAUUUCAAUUGUCAACCAGACGGUAUCUCUGUCCAAGCUGUUGAUGAUUCCAGAGUCUUGUUGGUUUCUUUGUUAAUUGGUGCCGAAUCUUUCUCUGACUACAGAUGUGACAGAGAUAUUACUUUGGGUAUUGAUCUUAAGUCAUUCAGCAAGAUCAUCCGUUGUGGUGCUAACGAAGAUUACUUGACUUUGAUCGCUGAAGAUUCUCCUGAUAGUGUUGCUUUGAUUUUCGAAGAUAAGAAUAAAGACAAAACUUCUGAAUACUCGUUGAAGUUGAUGGAUAUUGAUGCUGAAUUUUUGGAAAUUGAUGAAAUGGAAUUUGACUCUGUUAUUACUUUGCCAUCUUCAGAAUUCCAAAAAAUUUGCAGAGACUUGAACACUUUGUCUGAAUCGUUACAAAUUGUGGUCACCAAAGAUUCCGUCAAAUUUGCCUCUAAAGGUGACUCUGGUAACGGUAAUGUUAUCAUCAAGCCACAAACAAACUUAGAUAAACCAGAAGAAUCUGUCAAGGUUGACUUGAAGCAGCCUGUUGAUUUGACCUUUGGUUUGAGAUUCAUUGCUGACAUUAUCAAGGCCACUCCUUUAUCCUCAACCGUCACUAUCAAGUUAUCAGAUAAAACACCUGCUUUGUUUGAAUACAAAUUGCCAAGUGGUUACUUGCGCUUUUAUUUGGCUCCAAAAUUCAAUGAAGAUGAAGAGGAGAGCUAG